AUGCUACACUGCACCAUGUGGGACAACGAUACAACAAUGGAUUCUCAGUCUGAUUUGGAGGUGAUAGUGGAUUUUUUAGAAGAGUGCUAUCAAAAUUACAGUCAAGAAUAUUUCCAGUGGCCUCCACCUGUUUCUCUGAAUGAGCAACAUCAACAUCCAUCUUAUCAACUGCAACAGAUCAACGAUGAGUCACCAAGGAUUCAGUCAUCUCAUCUCACGUUCUGUCCUUCAGCAGAACGCAUGGGCACAUUCUCAGGGCCACUGCCAAACUGCGGAUCAACAUCACAAUCAUCUCUGCACAAAUGCUCCACCAGAGCAACAGGGAGUGGUAAAAGGGUGCGCCUGUUUCACUUUCUCUUUGAGUUGUUGGAGGAUCCCUCUAUGGCCCACUGUGUCUCAUGGGUUCCAUCAGCCACUGGGGUUUUCCACUUCUCAUCCACCAACAAGGACCAGGUGGCUGCAUUGUGGGGUGAACGAAAGGGCAACAAGAAACCCAUGACUUAUCAGAAAAUGUCACGUGCACUGAGAAACUAUGCCAGGUCUGGGGAGAUAAUGAAGGUGAAGAAGAAGCUCACUUACCAGUUUAACCUCAACACGCUGCUGUUGUUGCAGAAGAGCAGCCGCAAGCCUUUUUAA